AUGCCAAAAGAGCAUAGAUAUUUUAUUCAAUAAAGAAAUUAACCUGAUAUAUCAAUUAAAGAAUUAGAGAUAAUAUUUUUAGGUUUUUUAUUCUAUGUAUUGUUGGGUUAAGCAUAUUUAAUGAAAGAAGAUAAAUUCUAAAGCUAAUACUUGGUUUGA